UCAGGACAUGCAGCCUGGCAAGCAGGGACAGAGGGGUGUGGAGCCCCACGGGGUCAGAGAGCCCCUGCCGGAGACCGGGACCAUUGCUGGGGUGUACGUGGAGGCUUCCAAGAAGACAAUGAGUUUUUAUGAUGCCACCAGAGAGCAUUUCCUGAUGUCUGAGCCAGCACUUGCUCUUCUGGAGGCUCAGGCAGCCACAGGCUCCCUCAUUGACCCGGUGCGAAACAAGCGGCUCUGCGUGGCAGAGGCCGUGAGACUGGGGCUGGUAGGCCUGGAGCUGAAAGAAAAGCUGCUGUCUGCAGAGAGAGCAGCAACUGGCUUCAUGGACCCCUACACGGAUGAGAAGAUCUCGCUCUAUCAAGCCAUCCAAAAAGAGCUGCUCGGGCGGGAGCAGGGCGCCCGUCUGCUGGAGGUCCAGAUCGCCACAGGGGGCCUCGUGGAUCCAGCCACCGGCCACCGCGUCCCCAUGGAGGUUACCUACGAGCAGGGACGCUUUGGUGACGAGAUGAGCCAGCUCCUUUCUGACCCCAGCUCUGCUGCUGCCAGAGGGUUUCUUGACCCAAACACCAGCGAGAGGGUCACCUAUCGGGAGCUUAAGAAACGGUGCAUGAUCGAUCCGGCCACAGGGCUCCUCCUCUUGCCUCUGAAAAUCACCUUCCCGGGGCUGAGAGGGAGAGUGAGCAGCAGUGAGUUGCUCAGCUCCAGCAUCAUCGACAUGGAAACGUUCAGGGCCCUCCAGGAAGGCCGGGUCUCCAUCCAGGAGGUAGCAGAGAUGGACCAUGUUCAGCAGUACCUGGAAGGCACGGGAGGCAUUGCAGGUGUUGCCGUACUGCCUAUCGGUGAGAGGAAGAGUCUGUACCAGGCGCUGACAGAGCACCUCCUCAUGCCAGGCACAGCACUGGCCCUUCUGCAGGCCCAGGCUGCCACUGCCUGCCUGACAGAGCCCACCAAGAACCAGAGACUCUCAGUUGACGAUGCUGUCAAGGCUGGUGUGGUUGGGCCGGAGCUCUAUGAGAAGCUGUCAUCCGCUGAGAGAGCCGUCACUGGGUACCGAGACCCCUGCACUGGGGAGCUGCUCUCUCUGUUUCAAGCCAUGAAUAAGGGGCUCGUUACCAGGGCCCAGGGGACUUACCUACUGGAGGCCCAGCUGGCCACCGGUGGCCUCAUCGAUCCAGUCCACAAUCACCGUGUCCCAGUGGAGAUGGCCUGCCAACGGGGCUACCUCAAUGAAGAGAUGAAGCGGCUCCUCUUCCAUCCCACCCAUGACAUCAAAGGGUUCUUUGACCCCAACACGAAGGAGACCGUGAUGUACGCAGAGUUAUUGGAGAGGUGCGUCACUGACCCAGACACCGGUCUCCGCCUGCUGCCACUCUUCGAAGAUGAUGGGGAAGGGUCUCGGGGCGUGCAGUCCUUCAUUGACCACAGGACCCGAAUGGCUUUGGAAAAAACAACAGUACCUGUGGCCUGUGGCAAAUUCAAGGGGAAGUCGGUGUCGCUCUGGAAACUCCUCUUCUCAGACUACUUCACAAGUGCACAAAGGGCCACGCUUACCCAGCAGUGCCGCACCGCGACUCUCUCCCUGCAGGAACUGGCUAAGACCGUCAGCACCACCGUUCAGCAAAUGGCUUCCACUGCCAAUAUCACCUUUGAAGGCCUGAGGCACAAGGUGACCCCUAGCCAGCUCCUGAGUGCUGAAAUCAUCAACAGGGAUUUGUUUGAGAAGCUGAGCCAAGGGGAGACAUCCGCCAGAGAAGUUGUCGGCAUGGACACAGUCAGGAAGUACCUGGAAGGGACAGGCAGUAUCAGUGGGCUGCUGCUGCCCGAUUCCCAGGAGAAAAUCAGCAUCUACCAGGCAAAGAGGAAAGGCCUUCUAAUGCCAGGGACGUCCCUCAUCCUCCUCGAGGCACAGGCUGCCACUGGAUUCAUCAUCGACCCAGCUGCAAACAAGAAAUAUUCUGUGGAGGAGGCUCUGCGAGCCAGCGUCAUCGGCCCAGAUAUUUACAACAAGCUGCUGGCAGCACAGAAAGCAGUCACUGGCUACAAAGACCCCUACACCGGCAACAAGAUCUCCCUCUUCCAGGCCAUGAGCAAAGGCCACAUUGUCAGAGACCAUGGCAUCCGCCUGCUGGAGGCCCAGAUCGCCACCGGCGGCAUCAUCGACCCCGUGCACAGCCACCGAAUCCCCGUGGAGGUGGCUUACAAGCGGGGCUACUUCGACAAGAAGAUGAACUUGAUCCUCUCUGACCCCAGCGACGACACCAAGGGCUUCUUCGACCCCAACACGCACGAGAACCUCACGUACUUGCAGCUGAAGGAGAAGUGCAUCACAGAGCCCUCCACCGGACUCUGCCUCCUGCCUCUGAACAGCAAGAAGCGCCAGUUCAUCAAUGACACCACCAAACAAGCCUUCAGGAGCACGUGGCUCCUCGUGAAGUACGGGAGGUUCCGAGGAGAAAGGGUCUCCGUGUGGGACCUGUUGAACUCUGAGUAUUUCAGCGAGGGAAAGCGGCGGGAGAUAUUUAAUCACUACCAGCUGCGGAAGCUCACCCUGGAGCAGAUCAGACUCAUGUUGGAGGAAGAGAUGAAAAAAUGGGCCCACAUCAAAUUCCCAGCCAUGAGAGGCAGCGUCACGGCCUACCACCUGCUAGAAACUGGCAUCAUAGACAAGGCCUUGUUCGAGAGGGUGCUGGAGGGAGCUGUGAGCCCGGAGGACGUCCUGCGCAUGGACUCUGUCCGGAAAUACCUCUAUGGCUCCGGCAGCAUCGGGGGGAUCGUGCUCCAGCCAUCAAACCAGAGAAUGAGCAUCUAUGAAGCCAUGAAGCAGAAGAUUGUGAUGCCAGGGGUGGCUCUCCCACUGCUCGAGGCCCAGGCCGCUACUGGUUUCGUCAUCGACCCAGUGAACAACCAGAAGCUGUGUGUUGAUGAAGCCGUAAGGGAAGGGGUUAUCGGGCCAGAACUCCAUGAGAAACUGCAGCACGCGGAAGGAGCUGUAAUGGGCUAUAAAGACCCUUUCACUGGGGAAAAGAUCUCCCUCUUCCAAGCCAUGAAGAAGGGCCUCAUCGCCGACAAACAGGCUGUUCAGCUCAUGGAAGCCCAAAUUGCCACAGGAGGCAUCAUUGACCCCCACCGCGGCCACUAUGUCCCUGUGGAAUUUGCCCAGAAACAAGGCUACUUGGAUGAGGACAUGAGCAAAACUCUCUCUAGUGCCUCUGAUAAUACCAGGGUCUACUGUGUCCCCAACAGCAAGGAGCCUAUGACCUACGCUCAGCUCAUCACGCGCUGCCAGAAGGACAAAAACUCUGGUCUCCACUUGCUGCCUUUGCCACAGACAGCUGUGCCUGUCCGCACGGAUGAACAGAUCCAGCAGCUAUUCAAGGAGACCAUGGUGAAGGAGAAAGGGGUCUCCCUCUGGGAGCUGAUCCACUCUGGCUACUUCACUGAGGAGCAGAGAAAUGACUUUGUGGAGAAGUACCGGUCUGAGGACGUGUCUGUCUGGCAGCUGGUCACUCUUGUCCUGAAGCUUGUUGAGGAAAUAGAGAUGAAAGCCCAUACCCACAUCACCUUCGAAGGCCUGAGAGGCAGUGUGCCUGCCGUCUGGCUGCUCGAUGCUGGCAUCAUUACCGAGAAGAUGUUCGAGGAUCUGGCUCAGGGAACACAAACGGCCAGAGAAGUAGCCGAGAUGGAGAGCGUGAAGAGAUACUUACAGGGCACGGGGAGCAUUGCUGGGAUUUUUAUACAGGCCUCCAAGAAGAGAAUGAGCAUUUACCAAGCAAUGAAAAACAAUCUCCUCCUGCCAGGGACAGGGGUGUUGUUGCUAGAGGCUCAAGCAGCUACAGGAGCUGUUAUAGAUCCAGUAACAAACCAGAAACUUGGUGUGGAGGAGGCCGUCAAAGCAGCCAUUGUCGGUGAGGAACUCAUGGAGAAGCUGCUUCUAGCAGAGAGAGCAGUGACCGGUUACACAGACCCAUACACGGGGAACUCAAUCUCAGUCUGUCAAGCAAUCAGGAAAGGCCUUAUUCCCAUGAGCGAAGGUGUUCCUUUAAUAGAGGCCCAGCUGGCUACAGGAGGGGUCAUCGAUCCCAUCCACCAUCAUCAUCUUCCUCUUCCUGCAGCCUACAUGCACGGCUUUUAUGAUGAAGAAAUGAACCAGGCCCUAUCCCAGCCCACUGACAUCACCAAAGUCUUCUUUGAUCCAAACACAAAGGAAAACUUGACCUACCAGCAGCUGAAAGACAGGUGUGUCCCUGAUGCUGAAACAGGCCUCUGGCUACUACCUCUGUCUGAAACUGCAGCAUUCUAUGUGGACAAACAAACCAUGGAGGUGCUGAAAUCUGUGACAGUCUGUGUAGCAGUAGGACGGUUCAAAGGGCAGACAGUUUCCCUCUGGGACCUUCUCAACUCCGAGUACAUCACAGACUGCAAGCAGAGAGAGCUGGUGGGAUUAUACAAAGAGGAGAAUGCUGUGGCCCUGCAAGAAAUCAUCACCACCGUUACCACAAUCAUUGAAGAAACUGAGAAGCAAGGCAAGAGGUUCACGUUCAAGGGCCUGCGGAAGCAGGUGUCUGCCAGUGACCUCUUCCAGUCUCAGCUGAUAGACAAGAAAACCCUGGAUGAACUCAAGCAGGGACAGAAAACUGUCAAAGAAGUCACAGAGAUGGACUCCGUCCGGAGAUACCUGGAGGGGGGUAACUUCAUAGCUGGAGUGUUAGUACAGCCAGCCAAUGAGAAGAUGAGCAUCUACCAGGCUAUGACGAGAGGAAUGCUGAGGCCGGGCACCGCCUUGGUGUUGCUGGAGGCGCAGGCUGCUACCGGGUUCAUUAUUGACCCGGUGAAGAACAAGAGGCUGUCAGUGGAGGAGGCACUCGCUGCUGGGCUCAUUGGACAACAGGUCUAUGAGAAGCUGCUGUCUGCAGAGAGAGCAGUGACCGGCUACACUGACCCCAUCACAAAAGGCCAAAUCUCCCUCUUCGAAGCCAUGAACCAGGGGCUUAUCCUCAAGAGCCACGGCAUCCGCCUGCUGGAGGCCCAGAUCGCCACCGGCGGCAUCAUCGACCCCGUGCACAGCCACCGCCUCCCCGUGGAGGUGGCUUACAAGCGGGGCUACUUCGAUGAAGAGAUGAACCGGAUCCUCUCUGACCCCAGCGACGACACCAAGGGCUUCUUCGACCCCAACACACACGAGAACCUCACCUACCUACAACUCCUGGAGAGAUGUGUCCAAGACCCUGAGACUGGGCUCUACAUGCUCCAAAUAGUAAAGCAUGGGGGGACAUACUUCUAUAUCGAUGAGUCAAUGAAACACUUUUUACGCUCAAAACCCAUUAAAAUGCAAGUUGGGAAGUUCAAAGGCCAAACAGUGUCCCUCUGGGACCUGCUCUGCUCUCAGUACAUCUCAGAACAGAAAAGAAAAGAACUAGUGAAGCAAUAUAAAUGUGAAACCCUCACAAUAGAACAGCUCAUCACAGUCAUCACCACCAUCAUUGAGGAAAUGGAACUCAGAACCCAAGCCCUCAAGGUUAAAGGCCUCAGAGGACAUGUAUCUGUGUCAGAGUUAUUCAACGCUGAGAUAAUUGACAAGACAACACUGGACAAUCUGCAAAAAGGAACUCUCACAGUCCAUAAACUCACACAAAUGGACUCUGUCAAGAGGUAUCUGGAAGGAACUGGCUGCAUUGCUGGAGUUCUGCUGCCAGCCAAGAAAGAGAAGAUGAGCAUCUACCAGGCCCUAGAGAGAGGUCUCCUAACACCAGAAUCAGCGCUGGUGCUGCUGGAGGCGCAGGCUGCCAGCGGCUUUAUCACUGACCCGCUGAAGAACGAGAAGCUGUCCGUCGAUGAAGCCGUCUCCGCCGGCCUGGUGGGCAGUGAGAUUCACGAGAAGCUGCUCUCUGCAGAGAGAGCAGUGACCGGCUACACUGACCCCUACACGGGCAACAAGAUCUCCCUCUUCCAGGCCAUGAAGAAAGACCUGAUAGUCAAAGACCACGGCAUCCGCCUGCUGGAGGCCCAGAUCGCCACCGGCGGCAUCAUCGACCCCGUGCACAGUCACCGCCUCCCCGUGGAGGUGGCUUACAAGCGGGGAUAUUUGGACGAUGACACAUUUCUUCUUCUUUCUGAUCCAGAACAUGGCAACAAAAGCUUUAUGGAUCCUAACACCCAUGAAAAACUCAGUUAUGCCCAGCUCCUGCAGAGAUGUAGCAAAGACCCAGACACAGGACUGUGCCUGCUGCAGAUAACAGAAAAGAAGGAAGACUAUUUCUACAUUGAUGAGCACACAAAAAAUACACUGUUAUUAACCAUGGUUCAAGUACCGGUAGGGAAAUACAAAGGACAUACUCUCUCUCUAUGGGAACUCCUGUGUUCUGAUUAUAUCAGUGAGGAAAAGAGGAAGGAAUUGGUAAAACAAUACAAAAAAGAAUCCACAGUUAUCCUACAAAAGAUCACUGAUACAAUCUUAACCAUUAUACAUGAAAAAGAGAGGAGCAGAAAAGAUAUAUGGUUCCAGGGAAUCAGACAACAAAUCACUGCAUCAGAACUAUUCAACGCACAGAUAAUUACCAAAGACACAAUGGAAAAGCUAGAGGAAGGAAAACAGACUGCAAAAGAUAUAGCAAAGAUGGAUUCCGUAAAGAGAUACCUGGAAGGAACUAGCUGCAUUGCCGGAGUCCUGGUGCCGUCCAACACGGACCCAUCCAAGACAGAGAAGAUGAGCAUCUACCAGGCCAUGGGGAAGAGCAUUCUGAGGCCGGGCACCGCGCUGGUGCUGCUGGAGGCGCAGGCUGCCAGCGGCUUUAUCACUGACCCGCUGAAGAACGAGAAGCUGUCCGUCGAUGAAGCCAUCUCCGCCGGCCUGGUGGGCAGUGAGAUUCAUGAGAAGCUGCUCUCUGCAGAGAGAGCAGUGACCGGCUACACUGACCCCUACACGGGCAACAAGAUCUCCCUCUUCCAGGCCAUGAAGAAAGACCUGAUAGUCAAAGACCACGGCAUCCGCCUGCUGGAGGCCCAGAUCGCCACCGGUGGCAUCAUUGACCCCGUGCACAGUCACCGCCUCCCCGUGGAGGUGGCUUACAAGCGGGGCUACUUCGACGAAGAGAUGAACCGCAUCCUCUCUGACCCCAGCGACGACACCAAGGGCUUCUUCGACCCCAACACUCACGAGAACCUCACCUACAUGCAGCUCCUCAGCAGAUGCGUCCCAGACCCAGACACGGGGCUCCUGAUGCUUCAGCUGAUGCACAAAGGCUCCGUGCUCUUCCAGCUAGAUGAAAAAACACAAACCUGCUUACAGUCUGCCCCUGCCACCGUCAGCGUGGGACUCUUCCAGGGGCAGAAGGUGACCGUGUGGGAGCUUCUCUUCUCCAGAUACGUCCCUGACCAGAAAAGGCAGGAGCUUCUGAAGAAGUACAAAGCGGGGACGCUAACCAUUCAGGAAAUGACAACCAUCAUCACCACCCUCAUCACCGAGGCAGAGCAAAAGAGCAGCCGAGAGCCCAGGCCCGUGAAAAGUCCGAGCACGCAACGGGCAACGUCACAGAAGGCCGACGCUGCCCAUUCGCAGAGAGAUGAAAAACGGGAAAAGGCCUUAAAGACUACGACAGUCGAUGGGCCGGGGGGCGAGUUCCAAGGGCGAAAGGUCUCUGUGUGGGAUCUGCUCUUCUCCAAAUACGUCCUUGAAGAGAAAAGACAAGAGCUUCUGAAGAAGUACAAAGCAGGGACGCUAACCAUUCAAGAAAUGAUAACCGUCCUCACCACCAUCAUCACCGAGACAGAGAAAAAGAGCGGCAAACAGCCCAGCGGGGUGGAAGGCCCCUGCCGAGAGGAGAGAACAUCCGGGAGAGCUGCCAGCGCCCCUUCUCCACAGGACCAACAAGCGGAAAAGACUCUCCGGCUCGCGACCGUCGACGUAUCAGUCGGCGAGUUCCAAGGGCGAAAGGUCUCCGUGUGGGAACUUCUCUUCUCCAAAUACCACUCGGAAGAGAAAAGGCAGGAGCUCCUGGAGAAGUACAGAGCGGGGACCGUGACUCUGGAGGAGCUGGUCAGAAUCCUCACCACCAUCGUUGAGCAGACAGAAGAGAGAAGCAGCAAAGUGAAGUUCUCAGGCCUCAGGAGGCAGGUGACUGCCUCAGAGCUGUUCAGCUCUGACAUUAUUGACCAGGACAUGCUGACUGAACUCACCCAGGGCACCAAGACGGUGCAGGAGAUCACGGAAAUGGAUUCCGUAAAGAGAUACCUGGAAGGAACUAGCUGCAUUGCCGGAGUCCUGGUGCCGUCCAACACGGACCCGUCCAAGACAGAGAAGAUGAGCAUCUACCAGGCUAUGGGGAAGGGCAUUCUGAGGCCGGGCACCGCGCUGGUGCUGCUGGAGGCGCAGGCUGCCAGCGGCUUUAUCACUGACCCGCUGAAGAACGAGAAGCUGUCCGUUGAUGAAGCCGUCUCCGCCGGCCUGGUGGGCAGUGAGAUUCACGAGAAGCUGCUCUCUGCAGAGAGAGCAGUGACCGGCUACACUGACCCCUACACGGGCAACAAGAUCUCCCUCUUCCAGGCCAUGAAGAAAGACCUGAUAGUCAAAGACCACGGCAUCCGCCUGCUGGAGGCCCAGAUCGCCACCGGCGGCAUCAUCGACCCCGUGCACAGUCACCGCCUCCCCGUGGAGGUGGCUUACAAGCGGGGCUACUUCGACGAAGAGAUGAACCGCAUCCUCUCUGACCCCAGCGACGACACCAAGGGCUUCUUCGACCCCAACACUCACGAGAACCUCACCUACAUGCAGCUCCUCAGCAGAUGCGUCCCAGACCCAGACACGGGGCUCCUGAUGCUUCAGCUGAUGCACAAAGGCUCCGUGCUCUUCCAGCUAGAUGAAAAAACACGAACCUGCUUACAGUCUGCCCCUGCCACCGUCAGCGUGGGACUCUUCCAGGGGCAGAAGGUGACCGUGUGGGAGCUUCUCUUCUCCAGAUACGUCCCUGACCAGAAAAGGCAGGAGCUUCUGAAGAAGUACAAAGCGGGGACGCUAACCAUUCAGGAAAUGACAACCAUCAUCACCACCCUCAUCACCGAGGCAGAGCAAAAGAGCAGCCGAGAGCCCAGGCCCGUGAAAAGUCCGAGCACGCAACGGGCAACGUCACAGAAGGCCGAGGCUGCCCAUUCGCAGAGAGAUGAAAAACGGGAAAAGGCCUUAAAGACUACGACAGUCGACGGGCCGGGGGGCGAGUUCCAAGGGCGAAAGGUCUCUGUGUGGGAUCUGCUCUUCUCCAAAUACGUCCUUGAAGAGAAAAGACAAGAGCUUCUGAAGAAGUACAAAGCAGGGACGCUAACCAUUCAAGAAAUGAUAACCGUCCUCACCACCAUCAUCACCGAGACAGAGAAAAAGAGCGGCAAACAGCCCAGCGGGGUGGAAGGCCCCUGCCGAGAGGAGAGAACAUUCGGGAGAGCUGCCAGCGCCCCUUCUCCACAGGACCAACAAGCGGAAAAGACUCUCCGGCUCGCGACCGUCGACGUAUCGGUCGGCGAGUUCCAAGGGCGAAAGGUCUCCGUGUGGGAACUUCUCUUCUCCAAAUACCUCUCGGAAGAGAAAAGGAAGGAGCUCCUGGAGAAGUACAGAGCGGGGACCGUGACUCUGGAGGAGCUGGUCAGAAUCCUCACCACCAUCGUUGAGCAGACAGAAGAGAGAAGCAGCAAAGUGAAGUUCUCAGGCCUCAGAAGGCAGGUGACUGCCUCAGAGCUGUUCAGCUCUGACAUUAUUGACCAGGACAUGCUGACUGAACUCACCCAGGGCACCAAGACGGUGCAGGAGAUCACGGAAAUGGAUUCCGUAAAGAGAUACCUGGAAGGAACUAGCUGCAUUGCCGGAGUCCUGGUGCCGUCCAACACGGACCCGUCCAAGACAGAGAAGAUGAGCAUCUACCAGGCCAUGGGAAAGGGCAUUCUGAGGCCGGGCACCGCGCUGGUUCUGCUGGAGGCGCAGGCUGCCAGCGGCUUUAUCACUGACCCGCUGAAGAACGAGAAGCUGUCCGUCGAUGAAGCCGUCUCCGCCGGCCUGGUGGGCAGUGAGAUUCACGAGAAGCUGCUCUCUGCAGAGAGAGCAGUGACCGGCUACACUGACCCCUACACGGGCAACAAGAUCUCCCUCUUCCAGGCCAUGAAGAAAGACCUGAUAGUCAAAGACCACGGCAUCCGCCUGCUGGAGGCCCAGAUCGCCACCGGCGGCAUCAUCGACCCCGUGCACAGUCACCGCCUCCCCGUGGAGGUGGCUUACAAGCGGGGCUACUUCGACGAAGAGAUGAACCGCAUCCUCUCUGACCCCAGCGACGACACCAAGGGCUUCUUCGACCCCAACACUCACGAGAACCUCACCUACAUGCAGCUCCUCAGCAGAUGCGUCCCAGACCCAGACACGGGGCUCCUGAUGCUUCAGCUGAUGCACAAAGGCUCCGUGCUCUUCCAGCUAGAUGAAAAAACACGAACCUGCUUACAGUCUGCCCCUGCCACCGUCAGCGUGGGACUCUUCCAGGGGCAGAAGGUGACCGUGUGGGAGCUUCUCUUCUCCAGAUACGUCCCUGACCAGAAAAGGCAGGAGCUUCUGAAGAAGUACAAAGCGGGGACGCUAACCAUUCAGGAAAUGACAACCAUCAUCACCACCCUCAUCACCGAGGCAGAGCAAAAGAGCAGCCGAGAGCCCAGGCCCGUGAAAAGUCCGAGCACGCAACGGGCAACGUCACAGAAGGCCGAGGCUGCCCAUUCGCAGAGAGAUGAAAAACGGGAAAAGGCCUUAAAGACUACGACAGUCGACGGGCCGGGGGGCGAGUUCCAAGGGCGAAAGGUCUCUGUGUGGGAUCUGCUCUUCUCCAAAUACGUCCUUGAAGAGAAAAGACAAGAGCUUCUGAAGAAGUACAAAGCGGGGACGCUAACCAUUCAGGAAAUGACAACCAUCAUCACCACCCUCAUCACCGAGGCAGAGCAAAAGAGCAGCCGAGAGCCCAGGCCCGUGAAAAGUCCGAGCACGCAACGGGCAACGUCACAGAAGGCCGAGGCUGCCCAUUCGGAGAGAGAUGAAAAACGGGAAAAGGCCUUAAAGACUACGACAGUCGACGGGCCGGGGGGCGAGUUCCAAGGGCGAAAGGUCUCUGUGUGGGAUCUGCUCUUCUCCAAAUACGUCCUUGAAGAGAAAAGACAAGAGCUUCUGAAGAAGUACAAAGCAGGGACGCUAACCAUUCAAGAAAUGAUAACCGUCCUCACCACCAUCAUCACCGAGACAGAGAAAAAGAGUGGCAAACAGCCCAGCGGGGUGGAAGGCCCCUGCCGAGAGGAGAGAACAUCCGGGAGAGCUGCCAGCGCCCCUUCUCCACAGGACCAACAAGCGGAAAAGACUCUCCGGCUCGCGACCGUCGACGUAUCGGUCGGCGAGUUCCAAGGGCGAAAGGUCUCCGUGUGGGAACUUCUCUUCUCCAAAUACCUCUCGGAAGAGAAAAGGCAGGAGCUCCUGGAGAAGUACAGAGCGGGGACCGUGACUCUGGAGGAGCUGGUCAGAAUCCUCACCACCAUCGUUGAGCAGACAGAAGAGAGAAGCAGCAAAGUGAAGUUCUCAGGCCUCAGGAGGCAGGUGACUGCCUCAGAGCUGUUCAGCUCUGACAUUAUUGACCAGGACACGCUGACUGAACUCACCCAGGGCACCAAGACGGUGCAGGAGAUCACGGAAAUGGAUUCCGUAAAGAGAUACCUGGAAGGAACUAGCUGCAUUGCCGGAGUCCUGGUGCCGUCCAACACGGACCCGUCCAAGACAGAGAAGAUGAGCAUCUACCAGGCCAUGGGGAAGGGCAUUCUGAGGCCGGGCACCGCGCUGGUGCUGCUGGAGGCGCAGGCUGCCAGCGGCUUUAUCACUGACCCGCUGAAGAACGAGAAGCUGUCCGUCAAUGAAGCCGUCUCCGCCGGCCUGGUGGGCAGUGAGAUUCACGAGAAGCUGCUCUCUGCAGAGAGAGCAGUGACCGGCUACACUGACCCCUACACGGGCAACAAGAUCUCCCUCUUCCAGGCCAUGAAGAAAGACCUGAUAGUCAAAGACCACGGCAUCCGCCUGCUGGAGGCCCAGAUCGCCACCGGCGGCAUCAUCGACCCCGUGCACAGUCACCGCCUCCCCGUUGAGGUGGCUUACAAGCGGGGCUACUUCGACGAAGAGAUGAACCGCAUCCUCUCUGACCCCAGCGACGACACCAAGGGCUUCUUUGACCCCAACACUCACGAGAACCUCACCUACAUGCAGCUCCUCAGCAGAUGCGUCCCAGACCCAGACACGGGGCUCCUGAUGCUUCAGCUGAUGCACAAAGGCUCCGUGCUCUUCCAGCUAGAUGAAAAAACACAAACCUGCUUACAGUCUGCCCCUGCCACCGUGAGUGUGGGACUCUUCCAGGGGCAGAAGGUGACCGUGUGGGAGCUUCUCUUCUCCAGAUACGUCCCUGACCAGAAAAGGCAGGAGCUUCUGAAGAAGUACAAAGCGGGGACGCUAACCAUUCAGGAAAUGACAACCAUCAUCACCACCCUCAUCACCGAGGCAGAGCAAAAGAGCAGCCGAGAGCCCAGGCCCGUGAAAAGUCCGAGCACGCAACGGGCAACGUCACAGAAGGCCGAGGCUGCCCAUUCGCAGAGAGAUGAAAAACGGGAAAAGGCCUUAAAGACUACGACAGUCGACGGGCCGGGGGGCGAGUUCCAAGGGCGAAAGGUCUCUGUGUGGGAUCUGCUCUUCUCCAAAUACGUCCUUGAAGAGAAAAGACAAGAGCUUCUGAAGAAGUACAAAGCAGGGACGCUAACCAUUCAAGAAAUGAUAACCGUCCUCACCACCAUCAUCACCGAGACAGAGAAAAAGAGCGGCAAACAGCCCAGCGGGGUGGAAGGCCCCUGCCGAGAGGAGAGAUCAUCCGGGAGAGCUGCCAGCGCCCCUUCUCCACAGGACCAACAAGCGGAAAAGACUCUCCGGCUCGCGACCGUCGACGUAUCAGUCGGCGAGUUCCAAGGGCGAAAGGUCUCCGUGUGGGAACUUCUCUUCUCCAAAUACCUCUCAGAAGAGAAAAGGCAGGAGCUCCUGGAGAAGUACAGAGCGGGGACCGUGACUCUGGAGGAGCUGGUCAGAAUCCUCACCACCAUCGUUGAGCAGACAGAAGAGAGAAGCAGCAAAGUGAAGUUCUCAGGCCUCAGGAGGCAGGUGACUGCCUCAGAGCUGUUCAGCUCUGACAUUAUUGACCAGGACACGCUGACUGAACUCACCCAGGGCACCAAGACGGUGCAGGAGAUCACGGAAAUGGAUUCCGUAAAGAGAUACCUGGAAGGAACUAGCUGCAUUGCCGGAGUCCUGGUGCCGUCCAACACGGACCCGUCCAAGACAGAGAAGAUGAGCAUCUACCAGGCCAUGGGGAAGGGCAUUCUGAGGCCGGGCACCGCGCUGGUGCUGCUGGAGGCGCAGGCUGCCAGCGGCUUUAUCACUGACCCGCUGAAGAACGAGAAGCUGUCCGUCGAUGAAGCCGUCUCCGCCGGCCUGGUGGGCAGUGAGAUUCACGAGAAGCUGCUCUCUGCAGAGAGAGCAGUGACCGGCUACACUGACCCCUACACGGGCAACAAGAUCUCCCUCUUCCAGGCCAUGAAGAAAGACCUGAUAGUCAAAGACCACGGCAUCCGCCUGCUGGAGGCCCAGAUCGCCACCGGCGGCAUCAUCGACCCCGUGCACAGUCACCGCCUCCCCGUGGAGGUGGCUUACAAGCGGGGCUACUUCGACGAAGAGAUGAACCGCAUCCUCUCUGACCCCAGCGACGACACCAAGGGCUUCUUCGACCCCAACACUCACGAGAACCUCACCUACAUGCAGCUCCUCAGCAGAUGCGUCCCAGACCCAGACACGGGGCUCCUGAUGCUUCAGCUGAUGCACAAAGGCUCCGUGCUCUUCCAGCUAGAUGAAAAAACACGAACCUGCUUACAGUCUGCCCCUGCCACCGUCAGCGUGGGACUCUUCCAGGGGCAGAAGGUGACCGUGUGGGAGCUUCUCUUCUCCAGAUACGUCCCUGACCAGAAAAGGCAGGAGCUUCUGAAGAAGUACAAAGCGGGGACGCUAACCAUUCAGGAAAUGACAACCAUCAUCACCACCCUCAUCACCGAGGCAGAGCAAAAGAGCAGCCGAGAGCCCAGGCCCGUGAAAAGUCCGAGCACGCAACGGGCAACGUCACAGAAGGCCGAGGCUGCCCAUUCGCAGAGAGAUGAAAAACGGGAAAAGGCCUUAAAGACUACGACAGUCGACGGGCCGGGGUGCGAGUUCCAAGGGCGAAAGGUCUCUGUGUGGGAUCUGCUCUUCUCCAAAUACGUCCUUGAAGAGAAAAGACAAGAGCUUCUGAAGAAGUACAAAGCAGGGACGCUAACCAUUCAAGAAAUGAUAACCGUCCUCACCACCAUCAUCACCGAGACAGAGAAAAAGAGCGGCAAACAGCCCAGCGGGGUGGAAGGCCCCUGCCGAGAGGAGAGAACAUCCGGGAGAGCUGCCAGCGCCCCUUCUCCACAGGACCAACAAGCGGAAAAGACUCUCCGGCUCGCGACCGUCGACGUAUCGGUCGGCGAGUUCCAAGGGCGAAAGGUCUCCGUGUGGGAACUUCUCUUCUCCAAAUACCUCUCGGAAGAGAAAAGGCAGGAGCUCCUGGAGAAGUACAGAGCGGGGACCGUGACUCUGGAGGAGCUGGUCAGAAUCCUCACCACCAUCGUUGAGCAGACAGAAGAGAGAAGCAGCAAAGUGAAGUUCUCAGGCCUCAGGAGGCAGGUGACUGCCUCAGAGCUGUUCAGCUCUGACAUUAUUGACCAGGACACGCUGACUGAACUCACUCAGGGCACCAAGACGGUGCAGGAGAUCACGGAAAUGGAUUCCGUAAAGAGAUACCUGGAAGGAACUAGCUGCAUUGCCGGAGUCCUGGUGCCGUCCAACACGGACCCGUCCAAGACAGAGAAGAUGAGCAUCUACCAGGCCAUGGGGAAGGGCAUUCUGAGGCCGGGCACCGCGCUGGUGCUGCUGGAGGCACAGGCUGCCAGCGGCUUUAUCACUGACCCGCUGAAGAACGAGAAGCUGUCCGUCGAUGAAGCCGUCUCCGCCGGCCUGGUGGGCAGUGAGAUUCACGAGAAGCUGCUCUCUGCAGAGAGAGCAGUGACCGGCUACACUGACCCCUACACGGGCAACAAGAUCUCCCUCUUCCAGGCCAUGAAGAAAGACCUGAUAGUCAAAGACCACGGCAUCCGCCUGCUGGAGGCCCAGAUCGCCACCGGCGGCAUCAUCGACCCCGUGCACAGUCACCGCCUCCCCGUGGAGGUGGCUUACAAGCGGGGCUACUUCGACGAAGAGAUGAACCGCAUCCUCUCUGACCCCAGCGACGACACCAAGGGCUUCUUCGACCCCAACACUCACGAGAACCUCACCUACAUGCAGCUCCUCAGCAGAUGCGUCCCAGACCCAGACACGGGGCUCCUGAUGCUUCAGCUGAUGCACAAAGGCUCCGUGCUCUUCCAGCUAGAUGAAAAAACACGAACCUGCUUACAGUCUGCCCCUGCCACCGUCAGCGUGGGACUCUUCCAGGGGCAGAAGGUGACCGUGUGGGAGCUUCUCUUCUCCAGAUACGUCCCUGACCAGAAAAGGCAGGAGCUUCUGAAGAAGUACAAAGCGGGGACGCUAACCAUUCAGGAAAUGACAACCAUCAUCACCACCCUCAUCACCGAGGCAGAGCAAAAGAGCAGCCGAGAGCCCAGGCCCGUGAAAAGUCCGAGCACGCAACGGGCAACGUCACAGAAGGCCGAGGCUGCCCAUUCGCAGAGAGAUGAAAAACGGGAAAAGGCCUUAAAGACUACGACAGUCGACGGGCCGGGGGGCGAGUUCCAAGGGCGAAAGGUCUCUGUGUGGGAUCUGCUCUUCUCCAAAUACGUCCUUGAAGAGAAAAGACAAGAGCUUCUGAAGAAGUACAAAGCAGGGACGCUAACCAUUCAAGAAAUGAUAACCGUCCUCACCACCAUCAUCACCGAGACAGAGAAAAAGAGCGGCAAACAGCCCAGCGGGGUGGAAGGCCCCUGCCGAGAGGAGAGAACAUCCGGGAGAGCUGCCAGCGCCCCUUCUCCACAGGACCAACAAGCGGAAAAGACUCUCCGGCUCGCGACCGUCGACGUAUCGAUCGGCGAGUUCCAAGGGCGAAAGGUCUCCGUGUGGGAACUUCUCUUCUCCAAAUACCUCUCGGAAGAGAAAAGGCAGGAGCUCCUGGAGAAGUACAGAGCGGGGACCGUGACUCUGGAGGAGCUGGUCAGAAUCCUCACCACCAUCGUUGAGCAGACAGAAGAGAGAAGCAGCAAAGUGAAGUUCUCAGGCCUCAGGAGGCAGGUGACUGCCUCAGAGCUGUUCAGCUCUGACAUUAUUGACCAGGACACGCUGACUGAACUCACCCAGGGCACCAAGACGGUGCAGGAGAUCACGGAAUUGGAUUCCGUAAAGAGAUACCUGGAAGGAACUAGCUGCAUUGCCGGAGUCCUGGUGCCGUCCAACACGGACCCGUCCAAGACAGAGAAGAUGAGCAUCUACCAGGCCAUGAGGAAGGGCAUUCUGAGGCCGGGCACCGCGCUGGUGCUGCUGGAGGCGCAGGCUGCCAGCGGCUUUAUCAGUAACCCGCUGAAGAACGAGAAGCUGUCCGUCGAUGAAGCCGUCUCCGCUGGCCUGGUGGGCAGUGAGAUUCACGAGAAGCUGCUCUCUGCAGAGAGAGCAGUGAUCGGCUACACUGACCCCUACACGGGCAACAAGAUCUCCCUCUUCCAGGCCAUGAAGAAAGACCUGAUAGUCAAAGACCACGGCAUCCGCCUGCUGGAGGCCCAGAUCGCCACCGGCGGCAUCAUCGACCCCGUGCACAGUCACCGCCUCCCCGUGGAGGUGGCUUACAAGCGGGGCUACUUCGACGAAGAGAUGAACCGCAUCCUCUCUGACCCCAGCGACGACACCAAGGGCUUCUUCGACCCCAACACUCACGAGAACCUCACCUACAUGCAGCUCCUCAGCAGAUGCGUCCCAGACCCAGACACGGGGCUCCUGAUGCUUCAGCUGAUGCACAAAGGCUCCGUGCUCUUCCAGCUAGAUGAAAAAACACAAACCUGCUUACAGUCUGCCCCUGCCACCGUCAGCGUGGGACUCUUCCAGGGGCAGAAGGUGACCGUGUGGGAGCUUCUCUUCUCCAGAUACGUCCCUGACCAGAAAAGGCAGGAGCUUCUGAAGAAGUACAAAGCGGGGACGCUAACCAUUCAGGAAAUGACAACCAUCAUCACCACCCUCAUCACCGAGGCAGAGCAAAAGAGCAGCCGAGAGCCCAGGCCCGUGAAAAGUCCGAGCACGCAACGGGCAACGUCACAGAAGGCCGAGGCUGCCCAUUCGCAGAGAGAUGAAAAACGGGAAAAGGCCUUAAAGACUACGACAGUCGACGGGCCGGGGGGCGAGUUCCAAGGGCGAAAGGUCUCUGUGUGGGAUCUGCUCUUCUCCAAAUACGUCCUUGAAGAGAAAAGACAAGAGCUUCUGAAGAAGUACAAAGGAGGGACGCUAACCAUUCAAGAAAUGAUAACCGUCCUCACCACCAUCAUCACCGAGACAGAGAAAAAGAGCGGCAAACAGCCCAGCGGGGUGGAAGGCCCCUGCCGAGAGGAGAGAACAUCCGGGAGAGCUGCCAGCGCCCCUUCUCCACAGGACCAACAAGCGGAAAAGACUCUCCGGCUCGCGACCGUCGACGUAUCGGUCGGCGAGUUCCAAGGGCGAAAGGUCUCCGUGUGGGAACUUCUCUUCUCCAAAUACCUCUCGGAAGAGAAAAGGCAGGAGCUCCUGGAGAAGUACAGAGCGGGGACCGUGACUCUGGAGGAGCUGGUCAGAAUCCUCACCACCAUCGUUGAGCAGACAGAAGAGAGAAGCAGCAAAGUGAAGUUCUCAGGCCUCAGGAGGCAGGUGACUGCCUCAGAGCUGUUCAGCUCUGACAUUAUUGACCAGGACACGCUGACUGAACUCACCCAGGGCACCAAGACGGUGCAGGAGAUCACGGAAAUGGAUUCCGUAAAGAGAUACCUGGAAGGAACUAGCUGCAUUGCCGGAGUCCUGGUGCCGUCCAACACGGACCCGUCCAAGACAGAGAAGAUGAGCAUCUACCAGGCCAUGAGGAAGGGCAUUCUGAGGCCGGGCACCGCGCUGGUGCUGCUGGAGGCGCAGGCUGCCAGCGGCUUUAUCACUAACCCGCUGAAGAACGAGAAGCUGUCCGUCGAUGAAGCCGUCUCCGCUGGCCUGGUGGGCAGUGAGAUUCACGAGAAGCUGCUCUCUGCAGAGAGAGCAGUGAUCGGCUACACUGACCCCUACACGGGCAACAAGAUCUCCCUCUUCCAGGCCAUGAAGAAAGACCUGAUAGUCAAAGACCACGGCAUCCGCCUGCUGGAGGCCCAGAUCGCCACCGGCGGCAUCAUCGACCCCGUGCACAGUCACCGCCUCCCCGUGGAGGUGGCUUACAAGCGGGGCUACUUCGACGAAGAGAUGAACCGCAUCCUCUCUGACCCCAGCGACGACACCAAGGGCUUCUUCGACCCCAACACUCACGAGAACCUCACCUACAUGCAGCUCCUCAGCAGAUGCGUCCCAGACCCAGACACGGGGCUCCUGAUGCUUCAGCUGAUGCACAAAGGCUCCGUGCUCUUCCAGCUAGAUGAAAAAACACAAACCUGCUUACAGUCUGCCCCUGCCACCGUCAGCGUGGGACUCUUCCAGGGGCAGAAGGUGACCGUGUGGGAGCUUCUCUUCUCCAGAUACGUCCCUGACCAGAAAAGGCAGGAGCUUCUGAAGAAGUACAAAGCGGGGACGCUAACCAUUCAGGAAAUGACAACCAUCAUCACCACCCUCAUCACCGAGGCAGAGCAAAAGAGCAGCCGAGAGCCCAGGCCCGUGAAAAGUCCGAGCACGCAACGGGCAACGUCACAGAAGGCCGAGGCUGCCCAUUCGCAGAGAGAUGAAAAAUGGGAAAAGGCCUUAAAGACUACGACAGUCGACGGGCCGGGGGGCGAGUUCCAAGGGCGAAAGGUCUCUGUGUGGGAUCUGCUCUUCUCCAAAUACGUCCUUGAAGAGAAAAGACAAGAGCUUCUGAAGAAGUACAAAGCAGGGACGCUAACCAUUCAAGAAAUGAUAACCGUCCUCACCACCAUCAUCACCGAGACAGAGAAAAAGAGCGGCAAACAGCCCAGCGGGGUGGAAGGCCCCUGCCGAGAGGAGAGAACAUCCGGGAGAGCUGCCAGCGCCCCUUCUCCACAGGACCAACAAGCGGAAAAGACUCUCCGGCUCGCGACCGUCGACGUAUCGGUCGGCGAGUUCCAAGGGCGAAAGGUCUCCGUGUGGGAACUUCUCUUCUCCAAAUACCUCUCGGAAGAGAAAAGGCAGGAGCUCCUGGAGAAGUACAGAGCGGGGACCGUGACUCUGGAGGAGCUGGUCAGAAUCCUCACCACCAUCGUUGAGCAGACAGAAGAGAGAAGCAGCAAAGUGAAGUUCUCAGGCCUCAGGAGGCAGGUGACUGCCUCAGAGCUGUUCAGCUCUGACAUUAUUGACCAGGACACGCUGACUGAACUCACUCAGGGCACCAAGACGGUGCAGGAGAUCACGGAAAUGGAUUCCGUAAAGAGAUACCUGGAAGGAACUAGCUGCAUUGCCGGAGUCCUGGUGCCGUCCAACACGGACCCGUCCAAGACAGAGAAGAUGAGCAUCUACCAGGCCAUGAGGAAGGGCAUUCUGAGGCCGGGCACCGCGCUGGUGCUGCUGGAGGCGCAGGCUGCCAGCGGCUUUAUCACUGACCCGCUGAAGAACGAGAAGCUGUCCGUCGAUGAAGCCGUCUCCGCCGGCCUGGUGGGCAGUGAGAUUCACGAGAAGCUGCUCUCUGCAGAGAGAGCAGUGACCGGCUACACUGACCCCUACACGGGCAACAAGAUCUCCCUCUUCCAGGCCAUGAAGAAAGACCUGAUAGUCAAAGACCAUGGCAUCCGCCUGCUGGAGGCCCAGAUCGCCACCGGCGGCAUCAUCGACCCCGUGCACAGUCACCGCCUCCCCGUGGAGGUGGCUUACAAGCGGGGCUACUUCGACGAAGAGAUGAACCGCAUCCUCUCUGACCCCAGCGACGACACCAAGGGCUUCUUCGACCCCAACACUCACGAGAACCUCACCUACAUGCAGCUCCUCAGCAGAUGCGUCCCAGACCCAGACACGGGGCUCCUGAUGCUUCAGCUGAUGCACAAAGGCUCCGUGCUCUUCCAGCUAGAUGAAAAAACACGAACCUGCUUACAGUCUGCCCCUGCCACCGUCAGCGUGGGACUCUUCCAGGGGCAGAAGGUGACCGUGUGGGAGCUUCUCUUCUCCAGAUACGUCCCUGACCAGAAAAGGCAGGAGCUUCUGAAGAAGUACAAAGCGGGGACGCUAACCAUUCAGGAAAUGACAACCAUCAUCACCACCCUCAUCACCGAGGCAGAGCAAAAGAGCAGCCGAGAGCCCAGGCCCGUGAAAAGUCCGAGCACGCAACGGGCAACGUCACAGAAGGCCGAGGCUGCCCAUUCGCAGAGAGAUGAAAAACGGGAAAAGGCCUUAAAGACUACGACAGUCGACGGGCCGGGGGGCGAGUUCCAAGGGCGAAAGGUCUCUGUGUGGGAUCUGCUCUUCUCCAAAUACGUCCUUGAAGAGAAAAGACAAGAGCUUCUGAAGAAGUACAAAGCAGGGACGCUAACCAUUCAAGAAAUGAUAACCGUCCUCACCACCAUCAUCACCGAGACAGAGAAAAAGAGCGGCAAACAGCCCAGCGGGGUGGAAGGCCCCUGCCGAGAGGAGAGAACAUCCGGGAGAGCUGCCAGCGCCCCUUCUCCACAGGACCAACAAGCGGAAAAGACUCUCCGGCUCGCGACCGUCGACGUAUCGGUCGGCGAGUUCCAAGGGCGAAAGGUCUCCGUGUGGGAACUUCUCUUCUCCAAAUACCUCUCGGAAGAGAAAAGGCAGGAGCUCCUGGAGAAGUACAGAGCGGGGACCGUGACUCUGGAGGAGCUGGUCAGAAUCCUCACCACCAUCGUUGAGCAGACAGAAGAGAGAAGCAGCAAAGUGAAGUUCUCAGGCCUCAGGAGGCAGGUGACUGCCUCAGAGCUGUUCAGCUCUGACAUUAUUGACCAGGACACGCUGACUGAACUCACUCAGGGCACCAAGACGGUGCAGGAGAUCACGGAAAUGGAUUCCGUAAAGAGAUACCUGGAAGGAACUAGCUGCAUUGCCGGAGUCCUGGUGCCGUCCAACACGGACCCGUCCAAGACAGAGAAGAUGAGCAUCUACCAGGCCAUGAGGAAGGGCAUUCUGAGGCCGGGCACCGCGCUGGUGCUGCUGGAGGCGCAGGCUGCCAGCGGCUUUAUCACUGACCCGCUGAAGAACGAGAAGCUGUCCGUCGAUGAAGCCGUCUCCGCCGGCCUGGUGGGCAGUGAGAUUCACGAGAAGCUGCUCUCUGCAGAGAGAGCAGUGACCGGCUACACUGACCCCUACACGGGCAACAAGAUCUCCCUCUUCCAGGCCAUGAAGAAAGACCUGAUAGUCAAAGACCAUGGCAUCCGCCUGCUGGAGGCCCAGAUCGCCACCGGCGGCAUCAUCGACCCCGUGCACAGUCACCGCCUCCCCGUGGAGGUGGCUUACAAGCGGGGCUACUUCGACGAAGAGAUGAACCGCAUCCUCUCUGACCCCAGCGACGACACCAAGGGCUUCUUCGACCCCAACACUCACGAGAACCUCACCUACAUGCAGCUCCUCAGCAGAUGCGUCCCAGACCCAGACACGGGGCUCCUGAUGCUUCAGCUGAUGCACAAAGGCUCCGUGCUCUUCCAGCUAGAUGAAAAAACACGAACCUGCUUACAGUCUGCCCCUGCCACCGUCAGCGUGGGACUCUUCCAGGGGCAGAAGGUGACCGUGUGGGAGCUUCUCUUCUCCAGAUACGUCCCUGACCAGAAAAGGCAGGAGCUUCUGAAGAAGUACAAAGCGGGGACGCUAACCAUUCAGGAAAUGACAACCAUCAUCACCACCCUCAUCACCGAGGCAGAGCAAAAGAGCAGCCGAGAGCCCAGGCCCGUGAAAAGUCCGAGCACGCAACGGGCAACGUCACAGAAGGCCGAGGCUGCCCAUUCGCAGAGAGAUGAAAAACGGGAAAAGGCCUUAAAGACUACGACAGUCGACGGGCCGGGGGGCGAGUUCCAAGGGCGAAAGGUCUCUGUGUGGGAUCUGCUCUUCUCCAAAUACGUCCUUGAAGAGAAAAGACAAGAGCUUCUGAAGAAGUACAAAGCAGGGACGCUAACCAUUCAAGAAAUGAUAACCGUCCUCACCACCAUCAUCACCGAGACAGAGAAAAAGAGCGGCAAACAGCCCAGCGGGGUGGAAGGCCCCUGCCGAGAGGAGAGAACAUCCGGGAGAGCUGCCAGCGCCCCUUCUCCACAGGACCAACAAGCGGAAAAGACUCUCCGGCUCGCGACCGUCGACGUAUCGGUCGGCGAGUUCCAAGGGCGAAAGGUCUCCGUGUGGGAACUUCUCUUCUCCAAAUACCUCUCGGAAGAGAAAAGGCAGGAGCUCCUGGAGAAGUACAGAGCGGGGACCGUGACUCUGGAGGAGCUGGUCAGAAUCCUCACCACCAUCGUUGAGCAGACAGAAGAGAGAAGCAGCAAAGUGAAGUUCUCAGGCCUCAGGAGGCAGGUGACUGCCUCAGAGCUGUUCAGCUCUGACAUUAUUGACCAGGACACGCUGACUGAACUCACCCAGGGCACCAAGACGGUGCAGGAGAUCACGGAAAUGGAUUCCGUAAAGAGAUACCUGGAAGGAACUAGCUGCAUUGCCGGAGUCCUGGUGCCGUCCAACACGGACCCGUCCAAGACAGAGAAGAUGAGCAUCUACCAGGCCAUGAGGAAGGGCAUUCUGAGGCCGGGCACCGCGCUGGUGCUGCUGGAGGCGCAGGCUGCCAGCGGCUUUAUCACUGACCCGCUGAAGAACGAGAAGCUGUCCGUCGAUGAAGCCGUCUCCGCCGGCCUGGUGGGCAGUGAGAUUCACGAGAAGCUGCUCUCUGCAGAGAGAGCAGUGACCGGCUACACUGACCCCUACACGGGCAACAAGAUCUCCCUCUUCCAGGCCAUGAAGAAAGACCUGAUAGUCAAAGACCACGGCAUCCGCCUGCUGGAGGCCCAGAUCGCCACCGGCGGCAUCAUCGACCCCGUGCACAGUCACCGCCUCCCCGUGGAGGUGGCUUACAAGCGGGGCUACUUCGACGAAGAGAUGAACCGCAUCCUCUCUGACCCCAGCGACGACACCAAGGGCUUCUUCGACCCCAACACUCACGAGAACCUCACCUACAUGCAGCUCCUCAGCAGAUGCGUCCCAGACCCAGACACGGGGCUCCUGAUGCUUCAGCUGAUGCACAAAGGCUCCGUGCUCUUCCAGCUAGAUGAAAAAACACGAACCUGCUUACAGUCUGCCCCUGCCACCGUCAGCGUGGGACUCUUCCAGGGGCAGAAGGUGACCGUGUGGGAGCUUCUCUUCUCCAGAUACGUCCCUGACCAGAAAAGGCAGGAGCUUCUGAAGAAGUACAAAGCGGGGACGCUAACCAUUCAGGAAAUGACAACCAUCAUCACCACCCUCAUCACCGAGGCAGAGCAAAAGAGCAGCCGAGAGCCCAGGCCCGUGAAAAGUCCGAGCACGCAACGGGCAACGUCACAGAAGGCCGAGGCUGCCCAUUCGCAGAGAGAUGAAAAACGGGAAAAGGCCUUAAAGACUACGACAGUCGACGGGCCGGGGGGCGAGUUCCAAGGGCGAAAGGUCUCUGUGUGGGAUCUGCUCUUCUCCAAAUACGUCCUUGAAGAGAAAAGACAAGAGCUUCUGAAGAAGUACAAAGCAGGGACGCUAACCAUUCAAGAAAUGAUAACCGUCCUCACCACCAUCAUCACCGAGACAGAGAAAAAGAGCGGCAAACAGCCCAGCGGGGUGGAAGGCCCCUGCCGAGAGGAGAGAUCAUCCGGGAGAGCUGCCAGCGCCCCUUCUCCACAGGACCAACAAGCGGAAAAGACUUUCCGGCUCGCGACCGUCGACGUAUCGGUCGGCGAGUUCCAAGGGCGAAAGGUCUCCGUGUGGGAACUUCUCUUCUCCAAAUACCUCUCGGAAGAGAAAAGGCAGGAGCUCCUGGAGAAGUACAGAGCGGGGACCGUGACUCUGGAGGAGCUGGUCAGAAUCCUCACCACCAUCGUUGAGCAGACAGAAGAGAGAAGCAGCAAAGUGAAGUUCUGAGGCCUCAGGAGGCAGGUGACUGCCUCAGAGCUGUUCAGCUCUGACAUUAUUGACCAGGACACGCUGACUGAACUCACUCAGGGCACCAAGACGGUGCAGGAGAUCACGGAAAUGGAUUCCGUAAAGAGAUACCUGGAAGGAACUAGCUGCAUUGCCGGAGUCCUGGUGCCGUCCAACACGGACCCGUCCAAGACAGAGAAGAUGAGCAUCUACCAGGCCAUGAGGAAGGGCAUUCUGAGGCCGGGCACCGCGCUGGUGCUGCUGGAGGCGCAGGCUGCCAGCGGCUUUAUCACUGACCCGCUGAAGAACGAGAAGCUGUCCGUCGAUGAAGCCGUCUCCGCCGGCCUGGUGGGCAGUGAGAUUCACGAGAAGCUGCUCUCUGCAGAGAGAGCAGUGACCGGCUACACUGACCCCUACACGGGCAACAAGAUCUCCCUCUUCCAGGCCAUGAAGAAAGACCUGAUAGUCAAAGACCACGGCAUCCGCCUGCUGGAGGCCCAGAUCGCCACCGGCGGCAUCAUCGACCCCGUGCACAGUCACCGCCUCCCCGUGGAGGUGGCUUACAAGCGGGGCUACUUCGACGAAGAGAUGAACCGCAUCCUCUCUGACCCCAGCGACGACACCAAGGGCUUCUUCGACCCCAACACUCACGAGAACCUCACCUACAUGCAGCUCCUCAGCAGAUGCGUCCCAGACCCAGACACGGGGCUCCUGAUGCUUCAGCUGAUGCACAAAGGCUCCGUGCUCUUCCAGCUAGAUGAAAAAACACGAACCUGCUUACAGUCUGCCCCUGCCACCGUCAGCGUGGGACUCUUCCAGGGGCAGAAGGUGACCGUGUGGGAGCUUCUCUUCUCCAGAUACGUCCCUGACCAGAAAAGGCAGGAGCUUCUGAAGAAGUACAAAGCGGGGACGCUAACCAUUCAGGAAAUGACAACCAUCAUCACCACCCUCAUCACCGAGGCAGAGCAAAAGAGCAGCCGAGAGCCCAGGCCCGUGAAAAGUCCGAGCACGCAACGGGCAACGUCACAGAAGGCCGAGGCUGCCCAUUCGCAGAGAGAUGAAAAACGGGAAAAGGCCUUAAAGACUACGACAGUCGACGGGCCUGGGGGCGAGUUCCAAGGGCGAAAGGUCUCUGUGUGGGAUCUGCUCUUCUCCAAAUACGUCCUUGAAGAGAAAAGACAAGAGCUUCUGAAGAAGUACAAAGCAGGGACGCUAACCAUUCAAGAAAUGAUAACCGUCCUCACCACCAUCAUCACCGAGACAGAGAAAAAGAGCGGCAAACAGCCCAGCGGGGUGGAAGGCCCCUGCCGAGAGGAGAGAACAUCCGGGAGAGCUGCCAGCGCCCCUUCUCCACAGGACCAACAAGCGGAAAAGACUCUCCGGCUCGCGACCGUCGACGUAUCGGUCGGCGAGUUCCAAGGGCGAAAGGUCUCCGUGUGGGAACUUCUCUUCUCCAAAUACCUCUCGGAAGAGAAAAGGCAGGAGCUCCUGGAGAAGUACAGAGCGGGGACCGUGACUCUGGAGGAGCUGGUCAGAAUCCUCACCACCAUCGUUGAGCAGACAGAAGAGAGAAGCAGCAAAGUGAAGUUCUCAGGCCUCAGGAGGCAGGUGACUGCCUCAGAGCUGUUCAGCUCUGACAUUAUUGACCAGGACACGCUGACUGAACUCACCCAGGGCACCAAGACGGUGCAGGAGAUCACGGAAAUGGAUUCCGUAAAGAGAUACCUGGAAGGAACUAGCUGCAUUGCCGGAGUCCUGGUGCCGUCCAACACGGACCCGUCCAAGACAGAGAAGAUGAGCAUCUACCAGGCCAUGGGGAAGGGCAUUCUGAGGCCGGGCACCGCGCUGGUGCUGCUGGAGGCGCAGGCUGCCAGCGGCUUUAUCACUGACCCGCUGAAGAACGAGAAGCUGUCCGUCGAUGAAGCCGUCUCCGCCGGCCUGGUGGGCAGUGAGAUUCACGAGAAGCUGCUCUCUGCAGAGAGAGCAGUGACCGGCUACACUGACCCCUACACGGGCAACAAGAUCUCCCUCUUCCAGGCCAUGAAGAAAGACCUGAUAGUCAAAGACCACGGCAUCCGCCUGCUGGAGGCCCAGAUCGCCACCGGCGGCAUCAUCGACCCCGUGCACAGUCACCGCCUCCCCGUGGUGGUGGCUUACAAGCGGGGCUACUUCGACGAAGAGAUGAACCGCAUUCUCUCUGACCCCAGCGACGACACCAAGGGCUUCUUCGACCCCAACACUCACGAGAACCUCACCUACAUGCAGCUCCUCAGCAGAUGCGUCCCAGACCCAGACACGGGGCUCUGUUUGCUGAAGGUGGGGAUGGACUAAUUAUAUUUCAUUUUAUCACUCUGAUCCCAGUUUUGUUUUGUUUUGCAAAUAGCACUUUUCAUCCCUUUGUCUCCACUCAUUCUGUCUCUGUGAGCACCAGAAUUCUGUCCCUCUGAUGGUGUGGUGAAGUUCCCAGCGUGCUUUGCAGAACGAAGAUCUUAGUGAUUCUUCUCUGUAUUAUCACCCCCUUUUACCCUGGUCUGUCCACUAGCUGCUUGCUGUGGAAUGAUAUGUUAUUUGUCUCCCAUGUUGUCAGGGAUAUUGGGUCCCUGAUAUCGUCCAAUGCUCUGGGUCAUGCGGGAAUCGUACAGAAUAACCGUAGGGAAUCUCAGGGUAACGUGCAAUGCCUGUGACGCUCCUGCACCAAACAGCGCAUUGUGGGAAGGAAAAGCGCUCAGUGCAGCCUGCGGUAAGGGAGGAAGUGGCUGGGUCUUCUCUUUACAGUUUCUGCUCAGGAUAGUUCUAGAACCGGAAUUCCAAAGUUUCUGCAGGUCAGAGUUGAGGCACAUGGGUGGGCUCGCCCUGGAUUGGAGUGGCAGGGGGAGACUGUAGAUCUGGAUCAAGGAGUAUCAGCAGAGCUGGGUGGGGGCCAGAACUGGAAGACCAUGGGGACUUCGGGGGGAGUGUGGGGCACUAGCAGAGUUGAGCAGCAGACGGCUUCACAGCAUUGGCCUGCACUAUUCUAGUCGAUUAGAUUUAGUUUCUCCAAGUGCAAUCCUCCCUGAGCGAUCUAAUACUAUGUGAGUCUGUAGCUGGGGAUAUUGUGUGCCUCCCGUUACAAGCACUAGACUUACUCACAAACACAGUAGUAUAUUGUUUUCAAAGUCCCCCUUCCUCCCUGACAGCUGCCCUUGAGCUGAGGUCUAUGGAAUCUAGCCAGGAGCUGAGGAAUCGCGUGGCGUAUUUUCAUAAGGGUUUGUUUACUCAAACUUUAGGCGGGGAGGGAUAGCUCAGUGGUUUGAGCAUUAGCCUGCUAAACCCAGGGCUGUGAGUUCAAUCCUUGAGGGGGCCACUUAGGGAUCUGGGGCAAAAUCAGUACUUGGUCCUGCUAGCAAAGGCAGGGGGCUGGAUUCGAUGACCUUUCAAGGUCCCUUCCAGUUCUAGGAGAUGGGAUAUCUCCAUUAACAAAAUAAAUAAAACUUGGGUUUGCAACAUGCACUUUUCAGUGGCGCAGCCAGAAGUAAAAGGGCCUUUCCCCUCUGACAGGGCAUUUCAGCUCCUCUUCUCCUUCCAACUCUUGAGCUCGCUUUGCCAAUGUUCUAUGCCUGCUGGAGGCUCCAUGUGCCGCACUUGCCUGGAAGAAAUGUUUCCUGCACUGGGGUUUGUUACAGGGGGUGCCCAGGCGCUGACUAGCUCUCCUGACUCAAUAAAGGGAAUCUUUCAAAACCUGCA